AUGCAACAUAUUCCUUCUCAUUUCAGAGGGGCACUGUGGGAGUCCAACCAUCUAUGUAUGGCCAUAAUUAAAAGCAGAUCAACUCUAACUACAUUGCCCCUUAAUAACAUUCUGUUUUGGGUCCUCCUAGGAGUGCUGACAUUCCCUUGUUGUGUCCGCUGUUUAAUAUUCAAAGUGGGGGUGUUAGGGCCUUGGAACUGUGACCCUUUGUAUUACAGGGUCCAGCCUGCUGUGGCUGCCAGGCUUGCUGUAAGCAGGGUAAACAGUGAUCCCAGCCUUGAUCUUGGGCUAAAAAUGGAUUUCAUCAUCCUCCAGGAGUCUUGUGAAACCUCUAAAGCCCUCACCACUUUUAUUUACUAUGAGCAGAUGGCAGAUGUGUUUUUGGGUCCCACCAACCCCGGAUACUGUACCUCAGCUUCUCUGCUGGCCAAAAACUGGAAUAAGGCUGUUUUCUCCUAUGGCUGUCUUAACUAUGAGCUGGACCGACACACAGGAUACCCAACAUUUGCAAGGACAGUGCCUUUUCCCACUGAGGUGUUGUUCAUCGUUUUGAAACACUUCAGAUGGGCCAGCAUUGUUGUAGUCUCAUCCAACGAGGAUAUUUGGAUGGAUACUGCUGUAAGUGUGGCCACUGCUGUGAGGAGUAUGGGACUUUCCAUUGGCUUGGUUGCAUCUAUUGGUCUAAAUGAUACAGAGGUGGAGAGCACACUAAAAAGGAUCCAGGAUGCAGGAGAGAUUAGGGUCAUCAUCAUGUGCAUGCACUCAGUCUUGCUUGGAGGACAGCAGCAGGCUAAUUUUCUUCUCAAGGCACAGGAAAUGGGUCUGACUUCAGGGAAAUAUGUGUUUUUCCCCUAUGACACCCUCCUGUACAGCAUGCCCUACACCAACAUCUCUUAUUUGCCCCUGCAAAACAACAGCAGACUAAUGGAGGCCUACGAUGCUGUGCUCACUAUCACUAUGGCCUCUGAGCCUUUGUCCUUCAACGAGGCGUUCACUGCCGCCAAGAAGAGUGAGGAAUUGAUGUUAGAUGUAAAUGCAGAGGAGGUUAAUCCACUGUUUGGGACCAUCUAUAACAGCUUCUAUCUGCUGGCAAAAUCCAUCCAUAAUGCCAGGAGGGCAGGCAUGCAGCUCUCAGGCUCCAACCUAGCCUACUUCACAAAGAACACUACAUUCAGCGGCUUCAACCAGAAGGUCCGAGUGGACACUAGUGGGAAGGUCAAGACCAGCUAUGUCAUCCUGGACACUGACAACAGGGGGAGUCAGCUGUACCAGACCUAUCUGGUGGAUCUGACAUCUGAAGUGCUUCUUUUUGCAGGGAGGUCCAUUAAUUUUCCAGGAGGAACUCCUCCACCCUCUGAUUCCAGCUGCUGGUUUGAAAAGAAUGCCAUCUGCACAGGAGGUGUGGAGGUCACCUACAUCAUAGUGGUGUUGGGUGUUGUGUUGGCUCUGGCUGUAGGAGGUGUUGGCAUAAGUCUUUAUAUAAGGAGCCGACUCCGACAAAUCCAGCUGGUCAAAGGUCCUAAUCGGAUCCUCCUAACCUUAGAUGAUCUCACAUUUAUCCAUCCUCAGCUUAGCAAGAAGAAAAUCACCUUAGAGGAUCUGAACGAGUCUAAGAGUGCUCUGGAUGAGAAAUCUGCAGACCCCUCACAUUCUGUUAACAGUGUGCAGGCAGCAACUCUUGAGAACACCAGUGUUGCUGUGUAUGAGGGCGACUGGGUUUGGUUGAAGAAAUUUGCAGAGGGACAGUUCAAAGAGGUGAAGCAGAGCACCACAAAGGUUUUCACAAAGAUGAAGGACCUCAGAAAUGAGAAUGUCAGUCCGUUCAUCGGCUUCUUUUCAGACUGCUCUGUGUUUGCAGUGGUGACAGAGCACUGCUCACGGGGCAGUCUGCAGGACCUGCUGAGGAACGAAGAUGUUAAAUUGGACUGGAUGUUUAAGUCCUCACUCGUGCUUGACCUCAUCAAGGGUAUGAAAUAUCUUCACCACAGAGAAUUUCCCCACGGCAGACUAAAAUCUCGUAACUGUGUAGUAGAUGGGCGAUUUGUCCUCAAGAUUACUGACUAUGGCUUCAAUGAACUGCUGGAGUCUCAGAAAGCUCCUUUAGAAAAACCUCGGCCUCAAGAUCUCUUUUGGCUGGCGCCAGAGUUUCUAAGGGAUCCUGCAAGCACUCGUAAAGGGACCUACAAGGGAGAUGUGUACAGCUUUUCUAUUAUCCUUCAAGAGGUGGUGGUCAGAGGGGCACCAUACUGCAUGCUGGGUCUACCACCUGAAGAAAUCAUCCGUAAAGUGAAGAAGCCUCCUCCAAUGUGCCGCCCGACCGUGGCCCCGGACCAGGCCCCUCUGGAAUGUAUCCAGCUGAUGAAACAGUGCUGGAGCGAACUUCCUGACCGCAGACCAACAUUUGAUGAGAUUUUUGACAGGUUCAAGAUUAUUAACAAGGGUAAGAAGACCAACAUUAUUGACUCCAUGCUGAGGAUGCUGGAGCAGUACAGCUCCAACCUGGAGGACCUCAUCAGAGAGCGAACAGAAGAGCUGGAGGUGGAAAAACAGAGAACAGAGAAGUUACUCUCAGAGAUGCUCCCACCCUCUGUAGCCGAGGCUCUGAAGACUGUUGGCACAGUGGAACCGGAGUACUUCGACCAGGUGACGCUCUACUUCAGCGACAUUGUGGGUUUCACCACUAUCUCCUCACUCAGUGAACCCAUUGAGGUGGUUGACCUUCUGAAUGACCUCUACACCCUGUUUGACGCCGUUCUCAGUAACCAUGAUGUCUAUAAGGUGGAGACCAUUGGUGAUGCUUACAUGGUAGCAUCAGGUUUGCCAAAGAGAAAUGGCAACAAGCAUGCUGCUGAGAUCGCCAACAUGUCCCUGAACAUCCUCAGUUCAGUGGGAACCUUUCGUAUGCGGCACAUGCCAGACAUGUCCGUCAGGAUACGAAUAGGAAUCCACUCAGGGCCAUGUGUUGCUGGGGUGGUAGGUCUGACUAUGCCUCGGUACUGCCUUUUUGGAGAUACUGUCAACACUGCCUCUCGUAUGGAAUCCACCGGGCUGCCUUAUAGAAUCCAUGUGAAUAUGAGCACCGUGAAGAUUCUCCAUUCUCUAAAUGAGGGUUAUAAAAUAGAACUCAGAGGCAAGACGGAGCUGAAGGGUAAAGGUAUAGAAGAAACAUACUGGCUUGUGGGGAAAGAAAAUUUUACAAAGCUUUUGCCAAAACCACCAGAGAUCAAACCAGGCGAUAACUGGCAGGAGAUGGUGACAGAGGAAAUCAAGAAUUGUUUUUGCAAGGCCAACAGACAAGUGAACAGAAAGAUCUGAGUGAGAAAAAGUGAAGGACAGAAGUAAAAAAAAGCAAAAGCAGAUGAGAAGAAGAGUGGAGGACAUGUCUGGAGCAAGACAGAGAUCUGGGAGGGGCAGGAAGAGGACAGAAAGCACCAUCGAGCCACUCGCUGUGGCUUAAUGCAGACUUGUUUAAGAGGAUUGUUUGCCUGCUAAUCUGCCUCCAGCCAGCACAGCAGAACACGGCGCUGCUCAUGUAAUGAAAGUUGUCGUGCUACCUACCCAUAUACCUGCUGUCAGAAGGAAGGUGCACCACUCCUUCAUGAGAUGUACUCAUUCUUUCCUUUCUGCACUCACUGGCCACUGAGUGGUCACCUAUAGUUCAAGAGCAACCAGAGGUUUACCCACUCGAAGAUCGAAUACCCCAAAUGCCUAUUUUAAAAUGAAAUGGUUUUUUUUCUGUUGAUGGUAUCUGUUUUUAGUUUGUUAUGAACGCUUAUAUUAGAAUUGUGGAGGCGAGGGUGUUACUUAGCUAUUGCUAAAUAUUAUAUGUUGACAGCCUUCCAAAGUUGGAGGCAAAGGCUGCUAUUGUAUAUAAUUAUCAAAACAAACAAAGAGGUUUGUGUCUUUUAUUUCUGCUGUAUUAGCAUCAGUCAGUUCACCAGCCCAUUCAGAAAACUGUAUUGAUCUGUAACCCUUUUUAUUAGUUUGUACUAAUGAAAGGGUGACUGUGGAAAGUAAUGACAAUGCAACAAAAAUUGUGAAAAUAGUUUUCUUUUUCUUUUUUAUCAUUAG